AUGCGGUCUCGCCUGGCUCCGGGAGUCUGGUUCCUCCGCGCCUUCUCCAGGGACAGUUGGUUCCGAGGCUCCGUUCUGCUGAUGACCUUCUUCAUUUAUACCUGCUAUCACAUGUCCAGGAAGCCCAUCAGUGUCGUCAAGAACCGUCUGCACCAGAACUGCUCAGAGAUCAUCAGACCCACCAAUGACACCCAUAGUCUCAAUGACACCACAUGGUGCAGCUGGAGUCCAUUUGACAAGGACAACUACAGUGAGUUACUGGGGGGUGUGGACGAUGCCUUCCUCGUGGCCUAUGCCAUCGGCAUGUUUAUCAGCGGCAUCUUUGGGGAGCGGCUGCCCCUCCGGUAUUACCUUUCGGCUGGAAUGCUGCUCAGUGGCCUUUUCACUUCCCUCUUUGGCCUGGCGUAUUUCUGGAACAUCCACAUGCUCUGGUACUUCGUGCUCAUCCAGAUCUGCAACGGACUCGUCCAGACCACAGGCUGGCCGUCCGUGGUGACCUGCGUCGGCAACUGGUUCGGGAAGGGCAAGCGGGGGCUCAUCAUGGGCGUCUGGAAUUCCCACACAUCUGUGGGCAACAUCCUGGGCUCCUUGAUCGCAGGCGUCUGGGUGAACGGGCACUGGGGCCUGUCCUUUAUUGUGCCCGGGGCCAUCACUGCUGCGAUGGGCAUCAUCACCUUCCUCUUCCUCAUCGAAUACCCAGAAGAUGUGGACUGCAGCCCUCCCCAGCACAAUAAUGGGCCAGAUGAUGACCAGGACAACUCUGAGGACACUGGGAUUGGUUCCUACUCUAACAGGGAAAACAGCCUUGAGACUGCACCCAAAUGUUCCAAGGAGCCAUGCGCCGAGCCCACUGCCAUCAGCUUCCUUGGGGCGCUCAAGAUCCCAGGUGUGAUCGAGUUCUCCUUGUGUCUGCUCUUCGCCAAGCUGGUCAGUUACACCUUCCUCUACUGGCUGCCCCUCUACAUCGCCAAUGUGGCUCACUUUACUUCCAAGGAGGCUGGAGACCUGUCUACGCUCUUUGAUGUUGGUGGCAUCAUAGGCGGCAUCACGGCAGGGCUCAUCUCUGACUACACCAAUGGCAGGGCCACCACUUGCUGUAUCAUGCUGAUCCUGGCUGCCCCCAUGAUGUUCCUGUAUGACUACAUUGGCCAGAACGGGAUUAUCAGCUCCACAGUGAUGCUGAUCAUCUGUGGGGCGCUGGUCAAUGGCCCUUACGCACUCAUCACCACCGCUGUCUCCGCUGACCUGGGUACUCACAAAAGCCUGAAGGGCAAUGCCAAGGCCCUGUCCACCGUCUCAGCCAUCAUCGAUGGCACCGGUUCCGUAGGUGCAGCUCUGGGGCCUCUGCUGGCUGGGCUCAUUUCCCCCACAGGCUGGAACAACGUCUUCUACAUGCUCAUCACUGCUGAUAUCCUGGCCUGCUUGCUCCUCUGCCGGUUGGUGUACAAAGAGAUCCUGGCCUGGAAGGCGUCCUUGAACAGAGACACAGGCUCUAAUCUGGCCCUAACCCACCCGUGA